UCAUUAUCAAUACCCAAUUGUCCAUAAUUAUUUGCACCAAAGACAUAUACCUCUGCUUUGUCUGUAACUACCACGGUAUGAUGUUGUCCACAUGAAACACUCAUCGAAUUUUUCAAUUCUGAAACUUUUUAUAUAAUUCUUUUAUUUUAUCUAUUGCUCUCUUUUACUUUCUUUCUAAAUAUCACGACGAACAUUAAUAUUGAUACUGAAACUGAAAGUGCAUCUUACCAUAUGUAAAAGGACAAUAGUUAUGUUUGCUUUUCUUUUCUAUGUCAUCAUUGAAAUCGUUCUUAAGACCUAAUUGUCCUUUGUUAGCUGCACCGCACACAAGAAUUCGAUGAUCUUGAGUUAUUACAGCGGUGUGCCUUAAGCCCAUCGCUAUUUGUUCAAUAUUUUCGCAAGGUAUCGUUUCGAUGGGUUCGUAAGAAUGACGGAGCUCAAAAGGAUCUAUUCCUAAUUGUCCAAAACUAUUUGAACCCCACAUAUAUAAUUUUCCUUCGUUUGUCAAUGCUGCCGAAGAAUCCCAUCCACAAGCGAUGUCAACGAUGACUUCAUUUUCUAAAACUCCGCGUACUCUUUCGAAAUUUAAUUUAUCUUCCUUUUCCGGUUGACCUAAUUGUCCUUUAUUAUUCCAUCCGCAAGAAUAAACGUGUCCAUUUUUAUCCAAAAUCAAUGAAUGCCCAGCACCGCCAACGAUCUUUCGAAUAUCUUCUGCUUUAAAGGAAUACGACGAUAAAUCAAUUUCUUGUGGAAGAACGCAUUGCUCCGAUCUUAUACCAUGUCCUAAUUGUCCAUGAGAAUUAGCACCCUACGAGAAAAACAAUUGAUUACAAUGAAAGUGCAAUUUUUUUUUUUUUGUUUUGUUUUUUUAUUAUACUUCUUUAACAUUUAAAUUUACCGCGUAGAGGACGCCACGUACGUACAUAUGUAUAUACUUUUGCAGGAUAUACAAUAGAAAGAGUAAAAUUGAUUCUGAGGAAUAUAUCCAAUCGUGACAGUUAAUAUUUCAUAUAAGAUCCUAAUUUUGUCCUAUUAAUCGUAAUUAUAAAUAUCAUACAAUAUAUUAAAAUUCAAUGAAGCUUAUCCUUUUAUUUUAUUUCACGAUUUCAGAAUCAAUUGCUCUUAUCGUACGUACAUUCACAAUCGCACAUGCGAUAUCAUAUUUCGCACUAUCGUUCUUAGAGCAGAUUCGCCCCGGUGACUUUCUAACGCCGUAACGAGAGAAGCAAGAUCUAUCUGUAGAGGUUAUAUUAAGUUACGUUUUCGUUUGAGAUUAACAUUGAAACAUCAUCAGCUGCUUUAAUCUUAAAAAGAAUUCUUUUAUUAACGCACUAUGACAUCUAAAGUAACUUUUAAAAUAACUCUAACUUCGGAUCCAAAAUUACCAUUUAAAGUACUUAGUGUACCAGAAACUACCCCAUUUACUGCUGUAUUGAAAUUUGCUGCUGAAGAAUUUAAAGUGGCAGCAGCAACAUCAGCUAUUAUAACUGAUGAUGGAAUUGGUAUUAAUCCACAGCAAACUGCAGGUAACGUGUUUCUUAAACACGGCUCUGAACUAAGGUUGAUUCCUAGAGAUCGAGUUGGUGGAGCUAGGUGAUUCAAAACGUCUAAUCGUAAUUGCGCCUCAUUCUUCAUAUAUACAUGAAUUUAAAUAAUAACGAAUUGAAAUUAAUUUUAAUAAAUCACGUCUAUAUGAAAGUUUAUGCAAUGGUGGUAGCAACAAAUUUUACGUAUAUAAAAGCAUAGAUAUAGAAUAAUCGAAACAUUCCAUCAUAUUAUUCUUUGUAAGAACAUAUGCUAACCUAUAAAAAAAAAAAAAAAAAAAAAAAAAAAAAAGGAAAAUCACGAUGUUACAUCAUAUAUUCCUGUUAAAACAAGACAUAAGAUUUAAACUAAAUCAAAUGAUGAUCAUUAUUUAAUUCUAAUGCAAUUUGAGAAUACGUAAAAGAUUAUGGGAUUUUAUCUGAAUUAAUGUAAAUAUAAGAAUAGCCUAAUCGAAAUAUAGAGAAGUUAGCCUUAUUUGGUUUAAUAGCUAUUUAACGUUUAAACAAAUCCAGUAUUGUUUAAGUAUUAAUUAAUUAUACUUAAUUAAUAAUAAUAAACAUAUAUACUAAAAAUUAUUUAAAUAAAUGCAAAAUAAUCGAUAAAUAUUAAUUAUUUAAACGUAGAGAAAUGUUUUCUGAUCUUAAUACAUAAGAACAUUGUAUAACAACAUUUGUUUUUUGCUGUAGUACAAUUAACUAUUAUUUAAACAUUACUGCAUUUGUUUAAAUAUUAUGUAGCUAUUAACGUAUAGCUAGAAUAUAAAUUAAUUUUAAUCAUUUUCAUUGUUUGUUCCUUCUUCUAGAGAACAGUCGAAUAUUUCCAAUGAUUUUCCACUAUUAUCGAAUCAUAUUUUAUUUAAAUAAUGAAUUUAUUAUUAAAUACUUUUAUAAAUACAAAUUUUGCAAAAUAUUAUUUUUUUCAGUAUAUUUAUUAGUAAAAUAUAUAAUGAAUAGAUAUAAAUUCGUUUAUUAUUCGAUUUAUUAAUUAUUUAUUUUUUGACGUGUGUAGUAGAAAGUGAAGAGAAGAUACGUAUGUUUGGCAAAAACUUACGAUCUGUGGCAGAAUUUUAUUUUGAUUAAUUAUUUAAUUCAAACGUUUUUUAAAUUUUCAUUAUCCCAAUUAAUAAUAUAUUUAAUUAAUAUUUAUUGGAGUGAAAAGUAUUUAAGACGGCGCAUUGCGUUUGCGUAACAGGAAUUGUUCAACUGUUUGACACUACGCCAUAUUUAUUCGUUAAGCUAAAAUAUUUACUGCUUGAGACAGUAUCUAGUAAAAAUAAAAUAGUUUGUAUACAGGCUUUAUUUUAGCCAUAAGACAUUUUUCUACAUAAUAAUAAUGAUAUUUACAGGUA